AUGGGUCUUGCCCAGCUAUACAAGAAAUACUGUCUUCAUGCCGAGGCUGGAAAAGAUGCUGCAGAGAAAGUGAGCUGGAUAAAGGAUAAACUUUUGCACAUAUAUUAUCAAAAUAGCAUUGAUGACAAAUUACUGGUAGAGAAAAUCUUUGCUCAGUAUCUUGUUCCACACAAUUUGGAAACAGAAGAGCGAAUGAAGUGCUUGUACUAUUUGUAUGCUAGCUUGGAUCCAAAUGCUGUGAAAGCACUGAAUGAGAUGUGGAAGUGCCAGAACAUGCUAAGAAGUCACGUACGAGAAUUACUAGACUUGCAUAAGCAGCCCACUUCAGAAGCAAACAGUGCUGCCAUGUUUGGAAAGCUGAUGACCAUAGCAAAAAACCUUCCAGAUCCUGGAAAAGCACAAGAUUUUGUGAAGAAAUUCAAUCAGGUUCUGGGUGAUGAUGAAAAACUUCGGUCCCAGCUUGAACUGUUAAUUAGCCCUACGUGUUCUUGUAAACAGGCAGAUGUCUGUGUGAGAGAGAUAGCCCGGAAACUUGCAAAUCCUAAGCAGCCAACAAAUCCUUUUCUGGAAAUGGUCAAAUUUCUUUUGGAAAGAAUUGCCCCUGUACAUAUUGACUCAGAAGCCAUUAGUGCACUAGUAAAACUAAUGAAUAAAUCCAUAGAGGGGACAGCUGAUGAUGAAGAGGAGGGUGUAAGUCCUGAUACUGCUAUUCGUGCAGGACUUGAACUUCUCAAGGUUCUGUCCUUUACACAUCCUACCUCGUUCCACUCUGCAGAGACCUAUGAGUCUCUGCUGCAGUGCCUCAGGAUGGAAGAUGAUAAGGUAGCUGAGGCAGCCAUACAGAUUUUCAGAAACACGGGUCACAAAAUAGAAACAGACCUGCCACAGAUAAGAUCAACACUAAUUCCGAUUUUGCAUCAGAAAGCAAAAAGAGGCACUCCUCAUCAGGCAAAACAAGCUGUUCACUGUAUACAUGCCAUAUUUUCAAAUAAAGAAGUGCAGCUUGCACAGAUCUUUGAGCCUCUUAGUAGAAGUUUGAAUGCUGAUGUACCAGAACAACUUAUAACUCCCUUAGUUUCAUUGGGUCAUAUUUCUAUGUUGGCUCCAGACCAGUUCGCUUCUCCAAUGAAAUCUGUUGUCGCAAAUUUUAUUGUGAAAGAUCUCUUAAUGAAUGACAGGUCAACAGGUGAGAAAAAUGGAAAAUUGUGGUCUCCGGAUGAAGAAGUUUCUCCAGAAGUACUAGCAAAGGUGCAAGCAAUUAAACUUUUGGUACGCUGGCUGUUGGGUAUGAAAAACAACCAGUCGAAAUCCGCGAAUUCCACACUACGGUUAUUAUCAGCUAUGCUCGUCAGUGAAGGAGACUUGACAGAACAGAAGCGAAUCAGUAAAUCGGAUAUGUCUCGACUGCGAUUAGCUGCUGGUAGUGCAAUAAUGAAGCUUGCACAGGAACCCUGUUACCACGAAAUAAUUACCCCAGAACAGUUCCAGCUCUGUGCACUUGUCAUUAAUGAUGAGUGCUACCAAGUGAGGCAGAUAUUUGCCCAGAAACUGCAUAAGGCACUUGUGAAAUUACUGCUCCCUUUGGAAUAUAUGGCAAUCUUUGCUUUGUGUGCCAAAGAUCCUGUGAAAGAGAGAAGAGCACAUGCCAGACAGUGCUUGCUCAAAAACAUCAGUAUACGAAGAGAAUACAUUAAGCAGAAUCCCAUGGCUAAUGAAAAAUUGCUGUCCUUGCUGCCUGAAUAUGUGGUACCAUAUAUGAUUCACUUACUGGCACAUGAUCCAGAUUUCACAAAACCUCAGGAUGUUGAUCAGCUUCGUGAUGUCAAAGAGUGCCUGUGGUUCAUGCUUGAAGUUUUAAUGACAAAGAAUGAGAACAAUAGCCAUGCCUUCAUGAAAAAGAUGGCAGAAAACAUCAAGCUUACUCGAGAUGCUCAGUCUCCUGAUGAGCCAAAGGCCAAUGAAAAACUUUAUACAGUAUGUGACAUAGCACUAUGUGUGAUCAACAGCAAAAGUGCUAUGUGCAAUGCAGAUUCACCGAAGGACCCUGUAUUGCCAACCAAAUUUUUUACGCAACCUGAAAAGGAUUUCUGCAAUGACAGGAAUUACAUUUCAGAAGAGACAAGGGUUCUUCUUUUGACAGGAAAGCCAAAACCAACUGCUGUAUUAGGUACAGUAAACAAACCAUUAUCUGCAACUGGAAGGAGACCGUAUAUUAGAACUACAGGAUCAGAGACUGGAAGCAAUAUCAGUGUAAACUCUGAGCUGAGCUCUUCUACAGGAAACAGAUCAAGGGAACAAAGUUCAGAUAUAUCAGAAACUGGGGUCAGUGAAAAUGAUGAAAAUCCUGUGAGGAUUAUUUCAGUCACACCAGCAAAGACAGAACCUGUGAAAAACAAGGAGAUUAAUUCUGAUCAGGCUACACAAGGAAACAGCACUGAACGUGGGAAAAAAAGAACAGCAACAGCAUCUGGAACUGAGAAUAUUCAUCAAAAACCUGAAGAAAAAAGCGUAGAUGAAACAGGACCAUCACUCGCAGCAAAAACCAGGAGAGGGCGUCCAACCAAACCUGAACCUCAGGGCACCACUGCAAAAAAUGAGGAAACAAAUAAACCACCUGUCAGGGGAAGGAAAAGGGCAGCAGUCAGUCAAGAAAGUCCAGGGAGUUUAGAGGCAGGUAAUGCCAAAGCACCAAAACAGCAAGACACAGCAAAAAAGCCAGCAGCAGCACAGAGACAAAUUGAUCUACAAAGAAGCCAGGUGCUUGGAAGUGAUGGAGAUUCAGUGUUGGAGAUAGACUCAAGUUCAGAAUACUCCCAAAAUGCAGUGGAUCUUUUUAAGGCCUGUGGGAGCAGCCAGGAAGAUACUGAGGAUACAGAGAUAGCAGAGGGAGGCUUCCUGAAGGUGUAG